ACUGUCGUCGAAGUUUAAUAAAAUAAACCUCUACAAACUAAUAAUCUAAAAAAAUGGCAGCAGAAUACAAACAAGUAUUAUAUGAGAUACAAAGGCAAAAUGGAAAUAAAAAUUGUGUUGAUUGUGGAGCACCUAAUCCACAAUGGGCAUCGGUUUCUUUUGGAAUAUUUAUUUGUUUAGAAUGCUCUGGAGUUCAUAGGUCUUUUGGUGUUCAUGUUAGUUUUGUUCGCUCGAUAACCAUGGAUAAAUGGUAUGAUGAUCAAAUUAAAAAGAUGAAACUUGGAGGAAAUACUGAAUGGAGAGAAUUUUGUGAGGCAUCAUCAGAAUAUUAUCCUGAAAUGUCUUUAAAAGAUAAAUAUCAUAGUAAAUUUGCAACUGAAUAUCGUGAAAAGUUGACAGCAAAAUGUGAAGGGAGAAAAUGGACACCAUCUGCACAAAGUUCUGGGAAAAUGCCAAGUCGGCCAUCAUCAUCUAACAGUAAUCGAUCAUCAAAUCGGAAUAGUGUCGGUGCUGCUAGUGUACGACCAACAUCUUCAUAUCAAUCUAAUGGAUCUAGCGGAGAUUUAAGUAGCCUAAAUAAUAGUAACAGUUUUUCCUCUUCUGGUAAUAAAACAAAAAAUGAGGAAUAUUUUGCAAGUUUGGGAAGAGCAAAUGAAACACGAUCGGAUAAUUUGCCGCCAAAUCAGGGAGGAAAAUAUACAGGGUUUGGUAAUCCAGCAUUUGCAAAUGAAAAUACAUCAUCCUCAAGUGCUUCAGUACCAGAUUUAGAUGAAUUAAUGAAUGAUCCUGUUAAAGCCUUCACAAAAGGAUUAAAUUUCCUUGGCCAUCAUGUCGCAGAAGGAGCAAAAUUGGCAGCUCAAGGAGCUGAAACCUUAGGACAAACCGUUAAUGAACGUGUGAUUAAACCUACAACAGAAAAAGUAAGAGAUCCUGAAUUCACUUCACAGGUUGCAGGUUAUGGAGCCUGGAUUGGUAAAACCGUUAGUGAAACUGCCUCAAGAGGUAUCUCCACUAUAUCGAGCAUUUCUUCAAAUCAAUCCUCAUUUUCAGCUAGGCAAAAUUAUUCUCCUAUAUCAGAUAAUUCUUCUUAUAACGAUCGUUCUUCUUAUAAUAAUGAUAAUGAUAAUGGAGAUAAUGAUUUUUUUGCAGAUACUAUUAAUCAUUAUCAGCAAAGAAAUUCUCCUUCUGGUAGUGGAAGAAAUUCUCCUUUUAAUAAUAACAAUAAUACAAGAACUUCUUCGCCUAAAGUUUCUUCGUCUGGUUCUAUCACAACUAGAAGAAGAAAUGAAGUAAUUAAGAAAGAUAAUGUUUGGGAUGAUGAAUGGAAUAGUUGGUAAUCAAUGUUUUAAUAAUAAUAUUAGGAAUUAUUCAUUCGUUUCUUUAUUUUUGAAAAAAGUUUUAAGGGAUAAGCAGUAUUUAUUUGGUAAGGCAAGAGUUUAAAUGGAAUAUUAUCGUAGAUGUUUUUAUUUGUAUUUGUAUUAGAUAUAUGGAAUUUAUUUUGAAGAAAAAC